AGAGGAACAGAGUAACAGACAGUGAGAGAGAGGCAGGAAGAGAUGCUGAACUCUUGGUUUUGCUGCAUUUCACGCUGCUUUAAAAGUGUGAUAUAGAGAUUUAGAGUAGCACCAAUGUCUGAGUGAAAAUCUGCUCUCACUUAUCUGUGCUUUCUUCUGUAUAUAACUAAGAUGGACACUGAUUUAGACCAAAACUACUCUUGCACCAAGUUGUAUGACCAUCGCCCAGUGGCCCGGGUUCUCAUUCCUCUGGCCUAUUCCAUCAUAUGUCCAGUGGGACUUUUAGGCAACGCCCUGGCUCUUCAUGUGAUCUUCCUCAACAUCACCAAACUCAAUUCCAUCACGCUUUAUUCUGCCAACCUGGCAGUGUCUGAUAUCCUGUUCUGCCUGUCGCUUCCCCUUCGAGCGGUUUACUACGGCCUUGGCUUCCACUGGCCCAUGGGGGAAGGACUCUGUAAAGCCAUAACACUGCUCUUCUAUGUGAACUGCUAUGCUGGAGUGAACUUCAUGACUUGUCUGGCAAUCGAUCGUUUUGUGGCACUGGUGUUUCCUCUGAAGCUAACCAAAUGGAGAAAAGUGAAAAAUGCCCGACUGGUGUGUAUGGCCAUAUGGCUACUGGUGCUGGCCCAGACGCUGCCUCUCCUGACCAUCAAAUUGACCAAAAAGGAGCAUGACAAUAACAUCACCUGUAUGGAAUACCCUAAUUUUGAGGGCCUUUUCAAAGGGCUGCCCUCCUUGCUGAUUAUUGGGGUAGGUAUAGGCUUUGUAGUCCCACUGGUGACAAUCAUCGCCUGCUACUCUAUAUUGACCCGUAAACUACGUCUAGCAGCAAAGUCAAACCGACUGACACAACGUUCUGGAAGAACCAAAAAAGCAAGAGGAGUGAUCGCAGGAGUGGUAUUUGUGUUCAUGGUGUGUUUCGGCCCAUACCAUCUAGACCUUCUGCAAUACAUGAUCCGAAAACUUAUCUAUGAUCCGGACUGCAAGGAGCUACAGUCCUUUCAGAUAUCCCUGCAUAUUACAGUGUGCCUUAUGAACUUAAAUUCAUGCCUGGAUCCCUUUGUUUACUUUUUUGCAUGUAAAGGCUACAAGCAGAAGCUGAUGAGAAUGAUGAAGUGGCAGGUUGGCACCCACUUCUCUAGUGUUGGAAGAACCUCACAUGAAAGUUCAGGCACAGGCGAUAUGCGCGGUACACGCCGCAACACAGGAAUAACAAUGAACAAUGUUAGAGAAGCUCAGUAAAACAACUGGCAAAAAAAGCCUACGUAAGGUGAUAAAAAGAGGUAACAAACACAUACAGUAUGUGGGGCUGAACUUAAAGCCAAGAACAAGGCAAAAAAUGUCCCAGACAACUCGUCUUUCCAGAUUUUAAACAGCACACACUUCAUAAAACAGAUGGACGCUAGACAAGCACUGCCAUCAAAGUUGAGAAAGAAAAAAUACUUGCUGCAAAAAGACUAUAGUCUAUUAUAGACUAUUUUCCGUUCAAAACAUAACUGUGAAAGGGUCAGUUCACCAAACAUGAAUAUUCGGUCAAUAUUUACUCACUUGUUGUAAAACUGUAUGUCUUCCUUUCUUUUAUUAAACUUUUAUUUUUUUUAUUUACAAUGGAAGUCAAAAGUCACCAAAAUGGUUUGAUUAGCAACAUUCUUUAAAAUAUUUUC